CGACAAUCCCACACUGGAAAGCCGAUCCGAACCGCAGCAACCCUUGCGACAAGGCUGAACAAAAUCUGGUCACGUGCGUGCCUGUUGUAGAAGGCUGGGACAAGGCGGCGGCGAGCUUCCUCCAAUGCAACAGCCUCACUCGACGACAACAAGAGAGCAACUCAACAUCACAAUGAGCGCAUAGAGUAUUUAUAAGCUUCUCAGGCAUGACUUUAACUUGCCAUAUUACUGAAUACUAGCAUAACAUUUCUUUUCUCCCUUUACUCCUCCACCAUGAGCUCCACACCUAUGGACGUGGAGACUCCAAGGCCGGCGCCCAAUGCAAAUGGAGGCAUUGGCCUCUCCAGGUCAGGUAUCAGUGUGCCGGCCAUUGCGAAAGUCAGCGAAAUAAUUUCAAACUUCCGGCCAACAAGGCUCUUCAAGCGCGACUAUCAUAACGAGCCCACGACGGUGCUCUCACUGGACUUUGAUGACAAGGGGGAGCUCUUGAUGACCUCCGAGACGGAUGAGUCUAUCCAACUGUACAAUGUCCUCGAUGGCACGUUCAACAAGUCGCUGUUCAGCAAAAAGUACGGUGUCAAGCACGCCAAAUUCACACACAAGUCCACGAGCAUCAUCUAUGCCAGUACGAAGGAGAACAAUGACAUCCGCUACCUCGCGACUCACGACAACUCCUUCCUACGCUACUUCAAAGGGCACACUGGGUCGGUAACCUGCCUCACAAUGAACCCCGGCAGCGACACAUUCGUCUCCUCCUCCCUCGACAACACCAUCCGCAUCUGGGACCUCAACAGCGUAAACCCCAUCGGCAUGCUCAACAUCAACUCCCCCCACCUCACAGCUUUCGAUCCAUCCGCCUGCGUCCUCGCUAUCGCCUCUGCCGCCGCGCAAACCAUCCUCCUCUACGACAUCCGCAAAUUCGAGAAAGAGCCCUUCGCCUCCUUCGACCUCUACCCCUUCGCCAAACACGACCCAACCGCGCGCGCCUGGCGCUCCCUCGACUUCUCCAAUGACGGGAAAAGCCUCCUCGUUGGCACAGCCGGGAACACUCAUUUCGUACUCGACGCCUUCGAUGGCACGCUCAAGCACGGCCUUAUCCGAAAGUCCGGGGCCGCGCGUCGACUCCCACUUGCCAAAGAGGGACCUGAUGGAGAGGAUGACACGGAGGCGCGCCAUCACACCAGCGGCGACGUAUGCUUCUCGCCCGACGGGCGGUACGUGCUGAGCGGGCAGCAGCGCAGCAACGUGCUCGUGUAUAAUAUCACGGGCGCGACGCAGGUGGGAGGGAACACACCGAUGUGCGAGCUCGAGAGUAAAAGCGAGGUGGCGGCGAUACGGUAUAAUCCGCGCUUCAAUAUGUUUGCAACGGCCGAUAGGGAGCUGAAUUUCUGGGUGCCGGAUCGGGAUUCUGUUUAAGUGGGCGAGGGGGAAUUGGGGAGAUGACAUCGGAGUUGGGGGCGUUGGGGUGGUGAUGGAUGGGGCUAAAGAUAUUGAAUGUCGGGUUAUAUUGCCAUUAAACGGGUAUCUGGACUGCAUUUGGAGGUUGAAGAAUACGAGGAGACUGCUCAAAGUUGAUGCCGAGUGAAGAGGGGCAUAAGCAGAGCAAAAAGCAGGUCUGCUCUCCCUAGGGCAUGGAAUUUUCCCAGGAUAUAUAAAGCCCACAGUCAAUCGAAAGCCGAUCUGUUUGUACCAAUCUCGCACACUCGCCAACUACGCCACCGCAAGCAGGAAGCGAGACAAACGAAUAAUGAAUUAUAUAGUCUAUAUGCUAAUAUGAAAUAAGUAGUGUAACUAUAUAUUUUCGCUGUACAUAACCCAAAUACCCCUCUGACGAAUUACCCGCGCUACCCCCCGCUUUCAAACCCGACUAAAGCAAAAUACACCCCUCUACCUCCACCUACGCGCCAUACCUCCUCUCUGCCACCGGCUCGCCCCUCCUCGACUCAUGCCUCCUCCCACCUACCAACUUGCCCACCAACCCCCCCGUCACAGGCAUCUCCAUGUAAUCCCACACCUUCCCCCUAUCCUCCUCUGGAAUGGCCCUGAGCGUGAUACCCACGCCCUCAAAGAUGCAUACCACCGCCAACUCCAUAAGCACCACCAUAACCAGGAAAACCACAUCACUCCCCGUCACAGCAUUGAACUUCGCAUUGUCCCCGAAAGCACCAACGCCCGCGUAGACUACGCGAACGAGGAGGAACGGCAGCGCAGCCGUCAGCGCGGGAAUGAGACGCCGCUCC